CAUUGGAUUCCGUCAAAAACGAGACUUGAGAUUUGGAGUGCUAAUCCUGACCAACAACUCUGCCUUAUUCAAGCAGACAUAUUUUGUUUGAGUGUUUUUCGUACCAUUUCCGUAACUACAAACACUUUGGUGUGGAUUUCUCUUCAUCAAGAUUUUUGUUAAAAAAGUCAAGGAGAAUCCCGGAACACCGACGUUUGGAACAAAAUCGAAGAAAGACAGAGGAUAGCAGAUUACCCUCAGCUUCCUUCUCAUCUUCCUUCUCCUCCUCCGGCUCCUCCUUCUCUUUCUUCUCCUCCUCCUCCUCCUUCUCCUAUGCACAAAAUAGUACGUGGACAAGAUGGACCGAGUUCAUGUUCUUUCACUGCACUCGACGAAAUGAAAGAACACAACCAGCUUACACUAAAACUUCAACAGACAACCAGAACCCCGGUCGGUAGACAUAACCUCUGAGGCAAGAGGGAAAAAAAGCUGGAACUUGGUAAGAGGCUCCUCGGCUGCUGUCUGAGACUGAAAAAGAGGGGUUCCAAAGGAGCAAGGUCCAAAAUUGACGACGUUACAACACGGCUGAAGCAAAUCCAUCUUACUUCAUCCACCCGUCACCUCCAGACAACAACGUCAGGCAACAGUCACUGUCACAAACUCACCCUGAUCCACCCACCCCAAAGUGGAUCGCGGCACGCUUGGUUUCAUUUGCCAAGAGUGAAUGAGACGGUCUUAUUGCGGAACUUGAGACAAAAAAACCUUAUUGGAACACCAAGAGUCCUUCCCCGAAGAUCGGGCUUGGCUCUGUGCUCAUUUCCUCGGACUAGGAGGUGAUACUCGAGGGAGUCAGUCGAGGAUACUGGCCUCGUCCAGGAGCCGAAGCACAUUCUCUAAAUGAAUGACUUGAUCCCCCUUCCAAGCCAUUUUCAUCAUUUCCAGUGUGCUCCCCGGCCUGGAAAUAUCUCGUGCUGCGUUCAUCUGACGAACUCCGGGGAUCCUUGACUAUAUUUUUUGACCACCCACAGGGUAUCCCCACUUGGACUGGACGAGCACUGGAUGAGGAGUGCAUCCACCACCUCCUCCUACAACAACCCUGAGUAAGAUUGAAUAGCAUUAGGGUUCAUCUUUCCCCUCCAGCCAGCUUCGACGAUGUCACAAACGGCCUACACUACCACCAUUGAAGAAAGAGCCUAAAGACGAGAAGGACGAGAUUGUGGCCGUAUUCAAUUUGAAACUUGGACCCUGACGUCAAGUGCUUGUACGUAUUGUUGAGGCUGGGUGCCGAAUCAGAACAUGAAAAGUGCCUCAAGCUUCUCGUGGUCGAAGAAGACGAAAAACGAACCACACCAAGACUGUCUGCUUGUCAUCCUGAACUUCUGGGAACGUUUGGGAAAUUGUGGCUUUCAGUGAUUUUUGUGCCCACUUCCGGACACCAUCGAUUUGGAACAACACGAAUGGCAACAAAAGCAGAAAAGGCGAAAACGCACGGUUCCUCUCUAGCCCAUUGAACCAUGGAAGUGAAAAUCGUUCUUAGCCACUUUGUGGCAUUGCUGGCGGCCUUUUCCGCCCUUGGGCCAGUCGAGGCUGGAAACAUAAACACAAUGUCAGACUCUGACGGUGAAUAUGAUCCCCUCAGAGCCGGAGAAAGGCCAAAGAUGUUUGUGGACUAUUUGAACGGCCCUUUGAAAGGAGAUGUGGCUGAAUUUGGAGGCAAUGCCAGUGCUUUGGACCAGUUCAAGAUUUUGGAACUGGAUGAGAACAUUCUUUUGGUUGGUGCUGUAAAUAUCAUCUACUUUUUGGAUACACGUACGCUAAAGGAGGUGAAACCAUUGCGAAUCGUGUGGUCGCCCGCUCUCCAAGACAUCGAACUCUGCUCGCUGAAAGGAAAAUCAAAGGCCGAGUGCCAGAACCAUAUCCGAAUAAUUGCCAAAUUGGACCAGAAGAAGCUCCUUAUCUGUGGAACACACGCCUACAGACCGAAAUGCAGACACUAUAAAUUUCAGGAGGGUCGUUACAUUCAAGAAAAGGAAUUGGAAGGGAUUGGUUUGUCACCGUUCGAUCCCUACCACAAUUCAAGUUAUGUCAUGUCAGGAGGAGAACUCUAUACGGCCACGGUGUCCGAUUUCUCCGGAUCCGACCCGUUAAUCUACAAGGAGCCCUUGCGAACCGCUCAAUCGGACUUCAAGCAACUAAAUUCGCCAGAUUUUGUGAAUACAGUGGCUGACGGUGAUUACAUCUACUUUUUCUUCCGAGAACAAGCCGUGGAAUACAUCAAUUGUGGCAAGAGUGUGUAUUCGCGCGUGGCCCGGGUGUGCCGCUCAGAUGCGGGUGGUCCCAAUAAGUACAAGAACAGCUGGACCACUUUCCUCAAGUCCCGCCUAAAUUGCUCCUUACCGGGCGAAUAUCCAUUCUACUUUGAUCACCUGCAGGCCACAAGUGACAUCGUAUCUGGUUCCUAUGGAGGUCAGGCCUCAAGGUUAGUGUACGCCGUGUUCACGACCCCGAAGAACUCCAUUUCCGGGAACGCUAUCUGUGCCUUCCGCUUGAGAGACCUUCUCGACACUUUCGAAGGAGCCUUUAAGGAACAGGAAACAGCCAACUCGAACUGGUUACCCGUGCCCAAAAUCAAAGAGCCUAGUCCGAGGCCUGGUCGAUGCGCCGAAGACUCAAAGUCCUUGCCAGAAUCCACUUUGAGCUUUGCACGCGGCCACACGAUUAUGGAUGAAGCUGUUCCAUCCUUCUUCGGGGGACAGCCCCUGUUUGUGAAAGCAAACUUGGUCCGUCCCAGUCAAUUCCGCGUGUUAUCGGUGGAUCCCCAGGUCAGAACCUCCGAUGGCCAAGCCUAUGAUGUCGUUUUUGUUGGGACCACCAAAGGACGUGUCCUGAAGAUCAUCAAUACUGCUGAUCCGACCAAUCUGCGAAGCUCGCCGCCAACCCUUAUCGAAGAAAUCAUUGUUUUAUCGCCCGAUGUUCCCAUUGAGCGGUUGAAGGUGGUAAAGAACUCGAUGGAACAUGCCUCAAAAUUGGUGGUGAUGUCCAGAGGUGCCGUCAGAUCCAUCCCCGUGGCUCGCUGUUCAGCGGCUAAAUCGUGUCACAGCUGUGUGGCCCUGCAAGACCCCUAUUGUGCAUGGGACCUCUCCCGAGGGCUGUGCAUUCAUUUGCAGUCCCACCUGGAGCUUGACUCGGAGAUCAAGUCUGUCGACUCGGCUUCAUUCCUUCAAAAUGUCAUUGAGGGCAAGCACAAACAAUGUGGAACGAACUUCAAUGAGAAUGAGCAUCACCGUGAUGAUCUCAUAACUUCGAAGGGCCAUAACGAUGCUAUGGUUGGCUCCCCCGAAGAGCCCUCAUCAUCACAAGUCUUGCUUGAUCAGCAGAAAGCUUCUGACCAUCUUGAGACGAGGGGCCCAGAAGGCAAUCCAUAUAAUGAUCAUGUAGACCUAUCAUCAUCGUCAUCAUCUUCUUCCUCCUCUUCCUCUUCUGAUUCCUCCUCUUCACCGUCCUCCAAGAGAGACGGUGUGACCAUUUUCCAGCAUGGCGAAACCCUCGGGUCUCACUACUCUACGGAAGAGCUCUCCAUGGCCGUUGCGACUUCAUGCGUAUGUGCCCUCAUUGUGGGGUUUGUUUCGGGAUUUCUACUGGCCAGACGGUGCUCAUGUUCGAGAGGAGAGGAAAAUCCCUAUCACGUGCCUUAUCUUAAUCAAUCUGGGUAUCAAGAUGAUCAAAUCUAUGCCAAGGUUGAUGACAUGACUUACUACCCUGUGAAUAAUAUGCUAGUGUCGCUUCCCAACACCAAUUCCACGACUCAUUCAACAGCUCAUCAUGGUCCAGCCCUUCCGAGUAUACCUCCGCCAAAUUCGCUUGGCUCGAAGACUCUCAGUUUUAAUCAUCCGAGGCCAAGUGACUUCCAAGGUUUUGGGACUGUUCAUCGAUCGCAGAAAAUUUUCCUGUAAAAUGAAACCAGCCAUUGAGAAUGAGUGUCUGUCUCUCCCCACUCACGACGGGGUAUACAUACACUAAACUAGCGGCUGUUUGCCUUUAUUUGUUUAUGCUAAAGCGAGGAUGGAAGCAAGAAGAAAUGCUAAAAGAAGA